AGAGAAAGGAGAAGGAAAAAAAAAAAAAAAGCACUCUAUCUCUAAGGAAGGAAUACAGCAACAGUUCCUCAGCAGUGAGCAACCUUAGGAAGAGCAUCGCUCCUUUCGUGUCUCCUAGCCAGUGUCGUGUGCAGGUUCUGGAGAGCCAGGGAGGCUAUGCCAGGCUGGAGGAAGCUUGGCUUUCUAAAGCUGCCGAGGAUUGCACGCGGGGUUGCCUACCCCUGCCCAGGAAGAAUUUCCCGACCGGUGGCAGCAGCUCGGGCGACAGCAGCAGCAGCAGCAGCAGCAGCAGCAGCAGCAGCAGCAGCAGCAGCCCUACCUCCUUUUCUGGGGAACAGGGCAGAAUGCCUGUGCUAGAGCGAUAUUUCCACUCGGCAGAGCUAGGCAGGAGGUGGCCGGCCCCAGAAGGUGUGCUGCCCUCCUCCCUCUGCAGCCGGCCGGGGUGCCAGCAGGGGCCGCUGCCCUGGGACUUGCCAGAGAUGAUCAGAAUGGUAAAGCUGGUUUGGAAAUCCAAAAGUGAGCUACAGGCAACCAAACCGAGAGGCAUUCUGGAAAAUGAAGAUGCUCUUCAGAGCUUUCCAGGAGAUGUACGACUAAGGGGUCAGACUGGGGUUCCUGCCGAACGCCGUGGCUCCUACCCAUUCAUUGACUUCCGCCUACUUAACAAUACAACACACUCAGGGGAAAUUGGCACCAAGAAAAAGGUGAAAAGACUGUUAAGUUUCCAAAGAUACUUCCAUGCAUCGAGGCUGCUUCGUGGAAUUAUACCACAAGCCCCUCUCCAUCUGCUGGAUGAAGACUACCUUGGGCAAGCACGGCACAUGCUCUCCAAAGUGGGAAUGUGGGAUUUUGACAUAUUCUUGUUUGAUCGUCUGACAAAUGGAAACAGCCUGGUAACACUGCUGUGCCACCUCUUCAACACCCAUGGACUCAUCCACCAUUUCAAGUUGGAUAUGGUGACCUUGCACAGAUUUUUAGUCAUGGUUCAAGAAGACUACCACGGUCAGAAUCCAUAUCACAAUGCUGUUCAUGCAGCUGACGUCACUCAAGCCAUGCACUGUUACCUGAGGGAGCCAAAGCUGGCCAGCUUCCUUACUCCUCUGGACAUCAUGCUGGGACUACUAGCUGCAGCCGCUCAUGAUGUUGACCAUCCAGGGGUGAACCAGCCAUUUUUGAUCAAAACUAACCAUCAUCUUGCCAACUUGUAUCAGAAUAUGUCUGUGCUGGAGAAUCAUCACUGGAGAUCUACGAUCGGCAUGCUUCGAGAAUCAAGGCUUCUUGCUCACUUGCCAAAGGAAAUGACACAGGAUAUUGAACAGCAGCUGGGCUCCCUGAUCUUGGCCACAGACAUCAACAGGCAGAAUGAAUUUCUGACCCGAUUGCAAACUCACCUCCACAAUAAAGACUUAAGACUGGAGGAUGCCCACGACAGACACUUCAUGCUUCAGAUCGCAUUGAAGUGUGCAGACAUUUGCAAUCCUUGCCGAAUCUGGGAGAUGAGCAAACAGUGGAGUGAAAGAGUCUGUGAAGAGUUCUACCGGCAAGGUGACCUUGAACAGAAAUUUGAACUGGAAAUCAGUCCUCUUUGUAAUCAACAGAAAGACUCUAUCCCUAGUAUACAAAUUGGGUUCAUGACCUACAUCGUGGAGCCGCUCUUCCGGGAAUGGGCCCGCUUCACGGGGCACAGCGCCCUGUCGGAGAACAUGCUGGGCCACCUGGCCUACAACAAGGCCCAGUGGCACAGCCUGCAGUCCAAGCAGCACCGACGCCGGGGCAGCGCGGGCGGCCCGGACCACGCGAGCCCGGGGACUGAGCAGGCCGCGCAGACAGAGGCGGAAGGCGGCGGCACCGCGUAGGGCAGGGCCCGCUGGGCGUCCCGGAGGCCGGCCC